ACGAACAUAAAAUACUUCACAAAUUAUUGAAAAUACAGAUCACAGAUGUCUGUCAAGUUUGGGAACACCUCAUCUGGUAUUACAAAUACAACAUAAACUCGUUUUUUGCGAAGUUUUAUUCGUUUUUUAUUUAUAAGUAACUUACGCGGUUUGAAGUACUUAUAGUUUUAUGACAAUGCCAAGUAAAAAGAAAAAAUAUAAUGCACGUUUCCCAGCGGGUCGAAUUAAAAAAAUUAUGCAAACUGACGAAGAAGUUGGGAAAGUUGCACAAGCAGUACCGAUCAUAAUUUAUAUCCUUUUAAAAUUAUGAAACAUUAGAACUGUUUGUACAUUCACUGCUUACAAAAACUAUGGAGAUUACAAGUGCCAAAAAUGCUAAGACUCUAAGUCCAUCUCAUAUGAAACAGUGUAUUUUGUCUGAAAGUCGUUUUGAUUUUUUAAAAGAUUUAGUAAAAUCAUUACCAGAUGUAUCAGGACCUGAUGAAGAAGUGCCUACACCACCGUUGACACCUGCUCCAAUAAAUACAAAUCUGUCAAAUACAUCUGUUUGUGCACCUGUAGUACGACAUUCUGAAGUAAGAACUCAAAAACAACAAAUGGGAUUCAGUACUGAAGUAAAUUUAGAAAGUAAAAAUUCAAAAGAUAAUGGAGGAACAGGAAUACACAACUCAGGUGGUGAUAAUGAAUUAACAAUUAAAGACACGUCUGUUCAACAAGUUCCAGAAUUUCAAAUAACUGUGCCUGCGUCAUUUCAAAUUAGUCAACCUAACUUUUAUACAGAAGUUAAUCCUAUGAAUUUAAGUACAAAUACACCUGGUGUAAAUGCAUAUAAUCAGCCAACAUCAAAUUUUGCUCAUACUGCCACUCUUAAUGAAGACUAUGAUACAUAGUCAUUUUUCAAUACUAGGAUUAUAAAUUCACACAUUAUUAAAUUUGAAACAAUUACAGAAGUGUUUAAUAGAGUGUCACAAAUUUUUGUUCAAACUAUUCAUCAUUAAUAAUUUAGAACAUAUAAUUUGCAUUAUUCGAACUGUUUAGUUAUUUAUAUAUGCUUUACCAACCAUCAAGUUUUGUAUUUUUAUAUUUGUUUCAUCAAAUUGCAUAAUUGUUUCGUUUAAACUAGUUAAAUUGAUGUAUUUGGUAUAUAUAAAUAUUUUGUACUGUUGUACUUGAUUAAUAUGAAGCAGUUAUAUUUUUAGUAUAUUACUUUAAAGUAUAUACAUUCGUGUAUAGUAAGUGUGAAUAUUUGAGUUCACACAACUAUUGAAUACUACAAAACAUACCUAUAUUGCUAAUAUUCUGGACAUAGUUUCUUUCACUAUUCAUAUAUUUAUGCAGGUCCAUUGUAAAUUUGUGUAGGUACAAACACUUAUUGUUAAGAACGUAGUUAGAUUUAUAUUUAGUAACUAUCAGAUUUUUUUUAAAUGUACCUCAAUUACUUUAUAUAUAUACAUAUAUAUAUACAUUUUAGAAUCUUUAUUAUUUGCAAUACAAUGUAUACAUAAUAAGCUUUAUAACUAAGAUUUUUUUACUACACAUAUAUGUAAAGUAUGCGAUUUUUAUAAGAAAAAAAUUAAUAUGUAACAAAAUAUUUGCAUCUUAACAUUUAACGAAUUUUUUUUUUUUAAAUUGAUAUUGUCGAAUAUUCUCAUUACAUAACGCGCGAUGUCUUAUUUUUUCUUUUACUCAUUAGAAUUUAUAUUUUAUAUUUCACAUAAUAUUUCACGACAUGUUGCAAAACUAUUAUACACAAGUGAACAGUAUAUUUUGACUAAAACUGUUGAAUGGUUCAAAAUUCAGUAUGUAAAAAAUACAAUCGGGUAAGACCAGUCUAUUAAAAUUUAUAGAAACUUAAA